UCCUUGCAUUGUCAGGCUCCUCCUGCAGCCGCCGCAGUGACAGCUGAGCCCGGGCUGCCUUUCGCGGAUUGCCCUGCUCGGUGGCGAGUAUAUUUGCAGGCAGGGAAGUUCAGGGCUGUCGGCUGCUCAGCGCCCAUCCCCGAGAAGGAGGGCUUGGUGCAGGGAAACAAACAUGGCUGAUGAUUUCGGGUUCUUCUCCUCCUCGGAGAGCGGAGCAGCCGAGGUCCCGGAGGAGGACCCAGCAGCUGCCUUUCUGGCUCAGCAAGAGAGCGAGAUUGCGGGCAUUGAGAACGACGAAGGCUUCAGCACAGCUGAGGGGGGCUUGGGAGACCCGCAGGCGGCAGAGCAGCCAGUUGAUUUUGAGAGUGCAGGGACCACUGUGAAUGGAGAUGUGUUUCAGGAAUCCAAUGGACCCACAGAUGCCUACGCAGCCAUUGCCCGAGCUGACCGAUUGACACAGGAGCCCGAGAGCAUUCGCAAAUGGCGAGAGGAACAGAAGAAGAGACUGCAAGAGCUGGAUGCUGCUUCAAAAGUGUUAGAGCAGGAAUGGCGUGAAAAAGCCAAGAAAGAUCUGGAGGAGUGGAACUUGCGGCAGAAUGAACAAAUGGAGAGGAACAGGGCCAAUAACAGGAUUGCUGACAAAGCCUUUUACCAGCAGCCAGAUGCCGAUGUGAUUGGCUAUGUGGCCUCAGAGGAAGCCUUUCUGAAAGAAUCCAAGGAAGAGACUCCUGGCACGGAAUGGGAGAAAGUGGCUCAGCUCUGUGACUUCAACCCCAAGAGCAGCAAGCAGUCCAAGGACGUGUCACGCAUGCGAUCUGUGCUGAUCUCCCUCAAACAGACACCUCUGGCCCGCUAGCCUACUGAGGAGGGGCUGGGGCUGGAGUGAGGAUGCAGUUUACUCUUUUGCCAGCAGGUGUAGCUGCAGCACAACAGGCUUAGAGGGCCACUGGCAGGAGACCCAAAGCAUCCCACUCCUGCCCCUUCCCCUCUAUUCCGUUCGCGUCACUCUGGCCUGUACCCCUCCCCUUGAUUUUACUUUGCUUAAAGGGUGCAAUGGUAUCUUUUUACACAUAUUUAUUAACUGUGUGGUUCCUUGGACAGCAGGCCUCGUUGGUCCCUGCACCUGCUGCCUUCAGGAAGAUCACUCCCUCUUUCACAGUGCUGGGAGCAUUCAUCUGCCCCCUUUCCACUGGUCAGAGGCCUGAGCCCCCUUAUCCCAUCCAACGUGGCAGAUACAGUAGAUAAAGUGCAAUUCAUCUUUUUUAUACUUUGCACCAGACCCAGGAGGCAACAGCAAAUCAAAGGCAAGUACCAUUUAGAGGCUGAGUUUAAGGUUGCAAGCAGGAUGCCCGAGUUCAAAUCCUAGCUCUGUUGCUGUUUUCCCCAGUGAUAAUGAUCAUUUUUUCUAACAGAGAGUUGGAACUCGUGUGUCACUUGGUGAUGCCUGGCAGGAAGUAGCUUCUUCAAGGCAAAGGCACACAAAAGGGAGAAAGGCUCAUGAUGAAAACUCUAAACCUGGUGCAAUGAAAUGGCUGACUGGGACAAUUGCUGUAUGAAGUUGUAAAAUAGUGUGUGUGGGGGGAGAGAGAAUAGCCAAGCCAUAUCAGUAAGAUGUACUUCUACUGCAUGCAGCACUAUUUCUCCCUGCAAGAAGAUGGGUCAGAAGGCAAAACCUUAUUUGGACAUAAGUAACAAAAAUGGGGGGGGGGGAAACAUACUGUAGGGAUGGAAUGGGAGUCAAACCAUAACCUAGGAAGAGAUUAUUCUAUAUUUGCUUGAAUGCAGGGAAAUAAUAUGGGGUCAGCUAAGAUGCUUGCUUCCAAAUCUGGAGGACAAUGCUAUAUGUGAGAGACAGGAAGGAUGUUAGAAAUCUUUUAGGCACAUGAGCAAGCUCCAAGCCAAUUCCUGCAUUACCAUCAGCCACAGAAUCAACAUAUCCUGCUCCAGUGCCAUCACUGAGGUACUUUACAACUUUGUUUGGGAAGCAGAUCUCUCCCACCUGAGCUAGUAUGUACUAAUCCCCUCUACUCCUUAUAAUCAGCCCAGCUAAGAAGCAGUUGGAGAAGGGUCUAGAGCUUCAUAAAAGAGAAACUCUGCUAAGUGCUACGUGGUCAGCAGUUGAUUUUUCUAGUAUUUGUUCCUUUCUGUUGCAGAUUUCUGCAGUUAUUCCCCCACUAUCACUUUUAACUGAAGGGGAGUAGCAGAUUCCUGCGGUUUCCCAUUUGGGCAUAUGCUGUGCUGCCAGGGUUUUCUCUCUGGCUCAUUUAAUAAAGGUUCUUUACCUUGAGCAAAUGUAGAGGAGGUAGUCCUACUGAAAGCUUUAAAUCUUGGGAAAAAAAGGAAAAUAAAACAAACAAAAAAAGCACAAUGGCCACAUGUGGCUAUGAGAAAACCUGGGAAGUCUGGGUUAUUUUUGGAAAAUACAGCCUAUCGGAAGGAGCUGAACUGGCGGUAUUUAGUCUUAAUUCUGAUAUAUUUGUGCUGAAGAAUGCAUAGAGCUGGCUUUUCUGAUAACUUAUUCGCAGGCACAUUGUACAGUGCAGGGUCCUCAAGUGUUGGCAUCACCUCAUAUUUUCACAUGGAAGCAUUUGUGAGAAAAUGCUCCAUAGAAAGCCUGGAAGUUGCCCAGCGGUUUCAAGCAUAUUCUCUGAUAAUUUUUGAAUUUCCAGAUUUGGGCUAAGUCAUAGUAGUGCCUCACCAUGUAAAAGAACGUGAUAAAGUACCCCCUGAAGAUUUUACACUGACUGGUCUGGAUCUUUUGCCUUUUUCAUAUUUAUAACAUGCUUAAGUCCUCAUGGGGUUACUUUCUCACAUCAUUUUCCCACACUGAGGCAUCUGAAAGAAAAUGCAGUGUACAUUCCAACAGGGAAGGUGAUUAAAGAUUUAUGACUCUUGGCAACCAGGAGCUGCAUUGGUUCAGAAAUAGACUCCAUGAAAAUGAACAGCCUGGUAGGAUAAGAGGAGACUUGCAGUGUGAGGAUCUAAACAAUGGGGCAGUCCUCAGUGCAUCAUAUCCCAGGACUAGAUCCUACUGGUUUAAAGUAUGCUGAGUUGAGAUUUGACAUUUGAGGCAGUCACACUGUGUUCUCAGCUGGCUGCGGAAAAGAGGCAAAAGUGCAGGAAAACAUGAUCUUGUCAUGGGGUAGGUUUUCUCUGGAUAUUAAUUCUUCAAAAGCUGGUGGGGGGGUCAGAUACACAAAUCACAUGGAAGUGGAGGCUGAGAAGUGCCACACAGUAAGGUAGGGGACAGAAGACGCACUGGCAGCCGCAGCCUCUCCUACAACCUGUUACAGAGCAGUUCCCAGCAUAGACAAGACAGACGGGCUGCCCUCUCUAAGCAAUGAUGGUCCAGCUGGUUGUCACAGCCCAUGCUAAUCAGGCUCUCUCUUCUUCAGCCUUUGCUAUGGGCAAGACACAGGCCCUGCUUGGAGUUACCCCAUUGCCCCUGACAUUCACUGCUCUUCUGUCCUCUGUCACAAAUGCAAGAAGCAGCAGAGGUGGCAUUCAGGGGAAGUGGGAAGCUUUGCCUACGGCUGUCCUGUUUCCCCAUCCCCACCUUCAAGAUCUGUUAAAUCAUCUGUUAUCAAUAAACUGCCCCUACUCCAGCCACAGA